AUGGAGCACUUUCCUCCCACCAGGAAAUGGAGCCCGAGUCGGCCCAGCUGUUGCACAAACGUGACAUCCCAGACUUGGGCACUCCCAGGGGCACCUGGCCACCCCAGAAGAUGUCUGGACAAUGUGGUCAAUGAGCAGAGUACUUCCCCACCAGUGCCACACCUCCAUGCCUUGCUGACCAGUGGAGACGAGCCUCCCACACAGACAGACAUCUUUGACCUCCUCAAAGCCUCCUAUGAGAAAUUCAGCAUCCUGCGGGCCAGCGACACUGAGCAGAUGCGGUUUAACAGGCUGAGAGUGAUCCAGUGCUUGGAGGACACAGCCAAGAGGAGUGUGGUCCGAGCCAUACCUGGGGACACUGGCUUCUCCACUGAAGAGCUGGAAGACCUUUACAUGGUGUUUAAGGUAAGAGCCGAGAACAAGGACAGGACCUAUAUACACAUCUUAAAACUAUGCUCCAAAACAAAAGUGAGUGCCUCCAGGGGCCUGACCCUGCCUUGGCCUUUUCCCAUGGCAUCCCUGGCCAGUCUGUCCUUCCCUCCCUUGUGGGGCUGGGGCAGCUGGCCGCAGGGAAGGCUGAGCUGGCCUGGCGAUACUCUGAGGAAGCCUGGGACUGGCUCCCGGGCCCUCUGCAGCUGUGAGGAGGUCCUGUCCCAGCCCCCUGGAGCCUGCACCGUCCUGGGGAGCCCCUCUCAUCAUGCCCUCCUCCUGCCUUCUCCCACAGGCGGGAUGUACCACGGGGACAUGACUGAAAAGCUCAAGGUGCUCUAUAAGCUGCACCUUCCCCCAGCCCUAAACUCUGAGGAAGCCGAGUCAGCCCUGGAGGCCACCCACUAUUUCACGGAAGACAGCUCCUCAGAAGCACUACCACAGGAAGAUCGGGAAGGAAGCAGAAGCGAGGAUACCCAAGAAAAGCGAGCAGAGGAGAAGGGGACCAGCCCCCCAGACUACCGACUCUACCUUCGCAUGUGGGCCAAGGAAGAGGCUCAGAAGGAGACCAUCAAGGAUCUGCCCCAAAUGAACCAGGAGCAAUUCAUUGAGCUGUGCAAGACGCUAUACAACAUGUUCAGUGAGGACCCCCUGGAGCAGGACUUGUACCACGCCAUUGCCACAGUGGCCAGCCUCCUCCGCAUCAGUGAGGUGGGGAAGUUCUUCAGUCCGAGUGUCAAGAAGCCCACGGGUGGCACUCCCAGCAGGGACCAGGGCAGUUCCACCGAGGAUGAGUCCCCACUGCCAUCACCUGCAAGGGAAUCCCAUCAGGACCCAGUACAGGAAUGCCAGCUGACAGCCACGGGGGACCCCUGGACCAAAGCUGGUGGAGACACCCACCUUGGAAAAGUGCCACAGGAGAGACAGACGGUGGUAGAGGGGGGCAGUGGAGAGGGGCAGGGCUCACCCUCCCAGCUCCCGUCUGAUGAUGAAACCAAAUACAACAUAUCCAUGUCCUCCUACUCAGUGGUCAGCAUGGGCUCCCUGCAGUGUGAAGACCCCACAGCCACAGCCCGCAUUGGGAACACCAUGGACGCAGACUGGUGCAUCUCCUUCAAGCAGAUCCUGGCCUCCAUCCUGCCGGAGUCUGUGCUGGUCAACUUCUUUGAGAAAAGGGUGGACAUUGGACUCAAGAUGAAGGACCAGAAGAAAGUAGAGAGACAGUUGAGUGCCUCCAGUGAGCACGAGCCAUCUGUUGCUCUGGGCUGAGCCCCUUGGCUGAGUGAUUCUGGCCGAGGCCUCUGUCCCUCCCUCCUUCCCUUUGCAGUUUCUCAUUAAAGACACAGCCCUCCUGCUCCCCCUUGGAAGCAGUGAGUUGUAAGUGAAAGGAAGGCUGAUGCCAACACAGCUGCCUUAGAAAGAGUCUCUGGGCCUGCAUCCCCUAGCACAGGCCAGUCCUGGGAACCAGGAAUAAGUGGCAGCUCCUCCAUUCCUCUCUGCCUGUGGCCUGGGAAGGCAGGAGAGGACAGCCCAAAGCCUUGAGACCCUGCACCCACGUGGGAGACCUGGAAGAAGCUCCUGCCUUCUGGCUUUGCAUUGGCUCAGCUCUGGAUAUUGCAGCACUUGUUGAAUAAACCAGUA